AUGUGGAGUUUCAUAGCACAAGUGUCGAUCUACAGUUUGACGUUGUUUCUUGGUGCUUUUUUCGUGUUCUACAAAUGGUACAAUUCUUCAUCAUCAUCCACCACCAAGAAACUACCACCAUCACCACCAAAACUGCCAGUCAUCGGCAACCUCCACCAGCUAGGCGCAAGCGUCCACCACUCCUUUCUAUCUCUGGCCAGACGUUAUGGUGACUCGCUCAUGCUCCUCCACAUCGGCUCAGUCCCAAGCCUGGUGGUCUCAUCAACAGAAGCAGCUCGCGAGAUCAUGAAAACUCAUGAUAUUGCAUUUGCAAGUAGGCCUAACACAAGAAUGUUCAGGGCUAUCUCCUACAAUCUCAAGGAAAUAACAGUCGCUCCUUAUGGAGAAUACUGGAGGCAAGCAAAGAGCAUUUUGACACUUCAGCUUUUAAGUAACAAAAAGUCACGGAGGAAAGCACCAAGACAGCGGUGUGGCUCUGGGGCUGCUGGGUCGUGGGAGAGAAGCAGCCGACAUACCCGGUGUAUCUCGAUGCUUCGUUUUUCCACCUCCCACAAGCUCCUCCAAAAGAAGUAUUCUUCUAUGAUUCGUUUCCCCUCUGAACCCUUCCACUUCCUUCCGCAGCUUCUAAUCUCCCCCAAGCUCCUCCAAACCAGACAACGAAUGAAGAUCCAACCUUUGAUUUUGAAUUUGAGGUAUGCUACACUUGCUGCAAUUCGUUGGUGUGACAGCGACCCAACAUCCAGACUUUAUUUUCGGAUUUGA